AUGGUCGCCAACGUUGGAGGGCUCGCAGCCCGGGCAGUCUUUCUCAUGUCCACUCGUCCUAUUGCCCAGAGAGCAGACGUCGCCUCAUACACCAAUAACGCCGUUGCCGCCAUUCGCACUCUCGAAUCCACCUGGUACGAUGUUGGCUCUGGUCUUUGGGACAACGCCUGGUGGAACAGUGCCAACGCCUUCACCACCCUCGCCGACUUCGCCAACCUGAACCGGGAUGCUGCUAACGAGCUUAACAUCGGAGGCAUUCUCAUGAACACAUUCCAGCAGGCUCAGAAGGCCACAGCAUCAGCUUCCAAGUCUAUCAACGCCGCUGGCCUUGUCACAACCUCGUACGCCAUCACCAAGCGCGAGGUACCGCUGCCUAUCGAAGGUCGUCAAAUGAGCGCUCAGGGCUUUCCCAACUUCAUCAACGAGUUUUAUGACGACGAAGGCUGGUGGGCGCUCGGCCUGAUCCGCGCCUACGAUGUUACCCAGAACCAAGACUACCUCGACAUGGCCGUGCGCAUCUUUGCCGAUAUGAAGACCGGCGGCAAUACCAACUGCAAUGGCGGCAUCUACUGGAGCAAGGACCGCAAGUACGUCAACGCCAUCGCCAACGAGCUCUACCUCAGCGUCGCCGCCUCGCUGGCCAACCGCAUCUCAGGCGAUAAGGCCAGCUACCUCAAGAUCGCGACUGAUCAGUGGACCUGGUUCAAGGCCACCGGCAUGAUCAACGCUCAGGGCACCAUCAACGACGGCUUGGACGGCAACUGCAAGAACAACGGCGCCAACGUGUGGUCUUACAACCAAGGUGUCGUUCUCGGCGGUCUCGUCGAGCUCAGCAAGGCUAAUGGCGACAAGUCGGUCCUGACAGACGCCACCAACAUUGCCAAGGCGGCCAUCAAGCAGCUGGCCGACGACAACGGCAUCCUGCACGACACGUGCGAGCCCAACUGCGGCUCCGACGGCAACCAGUUCAAGGGCAUCUUUGUUCGCAACCUGCGAUACCUUCAAGAAGCGGCGCCCAACAACGACUUCAAGACCUUCAUCACCAAAAACGCCGACAGCAACUGGAACGCCAACCGCGACUCUGCUGGCAAGAUGGGUGUCGUCUGGUCGGGCCCCGCGCAAGGCGUUUCCGGGCCGACUCACAGCUCAGCACUCGACUCCAUUGUUGCCGCCGUUGCCGUCGCGUGA